CAAAUUAUCGAAAACAUUAUCGAAUCACCCACCGUUACGUUGAGGAGUGUGCCAAUUAUCACACGUCAUCUUUCUAUUUAUAUCGUUUUUACUUUCACGCCUCUCCUUAAAUUCUGAGCUCCGCGAGUCGCAAUCUCACCGAAGAAGAGAUCAAAUGGCUUCACGAACGAAAGGGAAGACGACGAUUGAAGUUGGCGCCGAUGGCGUCGCCGUCAUAACUCUCAUCAAUCCUCCCGUCAAUUCGCUAUCAUUCGACGUGCUAUACAGUCUCAAGAGUAAUUACGAGGAGGCCUUGAGCAGGAACGAUGUUAAAGCUAUUGUUGUUACAGGUGCUAAGGGGAAGUUCUCUGGGGGAUUUGAUAUAUCUGGAUUUGGUGAAAUUCAGAAAGGGACGAUGAAAGAGCCAAAGGUUGGAUACAUAUCGAUUGAUAUCCUAACCGAUUUGCUUGAAGCUGCAAGGAAACCGUCUGUUGCUGCUAUUGAUGGGCUUGCCUUGGGAGGAGGCUUAGAGCUUUCCAUGGCUUGCCAUGCUAGGAUAUCAGCUCCUGGUGCACAGUUGGGUCUGCCCGAGCUGCAACUCGGUGUUAUUCCUGGGUUUGGAGGAACACAGCGUCUUCCACGUCUUGUAGGUCUCACAAAAGCCCUCGAGAUGAUUUUGACAUCUAAGCCGGUUAAAGCAGAGGAGGGUCAUUCAUUGGGUCUUAUUGAUGCUGUCGUGCCACCUGCGGAGUUACUGAACGCUGCUCGUCGCUGGGCCCUUGACAUUGCCGAGAGGAGAAAACCAUGGGUUUCUAGUGUUUUAAAGACUGAUAAGUUACCUCCUCUUGGAGAGGCAAGGGAGAUACUGAAAUUUGCCAAGGAUCAGACGCGCAGGCAAGCCCCCAACAUGAAACACCCCUUGAUGUGCCUUGAGGCUGUUGAAGUUGGUAUUGUUUCUGGUUCAAGGGCUGGUUUAGAAAAGGAGGCUCAAGUUGGCUCAGAGGUGAUAAACCUGGAUACCACCAAAGGCUUGAUCCAUGUCUUCUUUUCUCAGCGAGGAACUACAAAGGUUCCUGGAGUUACUGAUCGUGGGUUGGUGCCAAGGAAAAUUAAUAAGGUAGCCAUAAUUGGAGGCGGGUUAAUGGGAUCUGGAAUAGCCACUGCAUUGAUCCUCAGUAACUAUUCAGUGAUUCUCAAGGAGGUAAAUGAGAAGUUCUUGGAGGCUGGAAUUGGCAGGGUCAAAGCUAAUCUCCAGAGUCGUGUAAAGAAAGGAAAGAUGUCUAAGGAAAAGUUUGAGAAAACUAUGUCUCUCCUUAAGGGUUCUCUUGACUAUGAAAGCUUUAGGGAUGUUGACAUGGUCAUCGAGGCUGUCAUUGAGAAUAUAUCUCUGAAGCAGCAAAUUUUUGCUGAUCUCGAGAAGUACUGCCCUCAACAUUGUAUCCUUGCUAGCAACACAUCUACCAUUGAUUUGAACAAGAUUGGGGAGCGGACCAAGUCCCAGGAUCGGAUUAUCGGAGCACAUUUCUUCAGUCCAGCGCAUGUCAUGCCACUACUUGAAAUAGUUCGGACCAAUCAUACCUCUGCCCAAGUAAUUGUUGACCUGUUAGAUGUUGGGAAGAAGAUUAGGAAAACACCAGUCGUGGUUGGAAACUGCACAGGGUUUGCAGUUAAUAGGAUGUUCUUCCCAUACACACAGGCAGCUAUGUUCCUUGUUGAGCAUGGAACAGAUCCAUAUCUCAUUGACAAAGCAGUCAGCAAGUUUGGAAUGCCAAUGGGCCCCUUCAGAUUGUGCGAUCUGGUUGGAUUCGGUGUGGCGAUUGCAACCGCAACACAAUUCAUCGAGAACUUCCCCGAAAGGACAUACAAAUCAAUGAUCAUCCCACUCAUGCAAGAGGACAAGAGAGCUGGUGAAGCCACUCGUAAAGGUUUCUAUCUUUAUGAUGAUAGGCGCAAGGCUAAACCUGACCCUGAAAUAAAGAAAUAUAUAGACAAGGCAAGGAGCGUAUCAGGAGCAAAGCCUGACCCGAAGCUGGAGAAACUGUCGGAGAAGGAAAUUAUUGAAAUGACGUUCUUCCCAGUAGUGAACGAGGCGUGUAGAGUCUUUGCGGAAGGAAUUGCUGUCAAAGCAGCAGACCUUGACAUUGCUGGCAUAUUUGGAAUGGGUUUUCCACCUUACAGAGGAGGAAUCAUGUUCUGGGCUGAUUCCAUUGGAUCGAAAUACAUUUACUCAAAGCUAGAGGAGUGGUCGAAGGCUUAUGGUGAAUUCUUCAAGCCUUGUGCUUUCUUGGCUGAAAGGGGAUCCAAAGGAGCUCCUCUGAGCGCUCCCUUGGAACAAGGCAGGUCGCGGUUGUAAAGUCAGCGUUUCAACGGGAACUUUCUUCGUUGUUGCAUCUACUGUGUUUUUUUUUUUUUUAAUGUCCACAUUUACUUGCCACAAAGUUGGGAUCUUUGGCCUCAGGAAACUUUUUAAAAUAAAGUCUCAUCUCAGACAGAUGAAGAAAGUAGAAAGUAAGUUCGAAAUAGCAAUAAGAUUUGUUUUUGUGAUGUUACUCAUGUUAUCAUGUAUGAUGCUUUGUCAUACAAAGCCCUGUCAGAUACAUUUGUUAUAAUGCUUUAUGGAGUAAUAAGUUAAUACUGAUUUAUUGAUG